CCCGGACCCAGGACCGUGCUAGCGGCCUGUAAGACACUAGAAAGCGCGAAGCUGAAGGCGCUGCCUUGGCUAAAACGCUCUCAUACCCCCUCAAAACAACGAUACGUGUCGCCCAGCAACACGUCCUGAUCUGUGUGCAACCCUCUGCAUGUUACCGCGCGGCCAAAAGAGCACUGCAAGGGAGACACAGAGAGCACAGCUAAGAGAGCAGUGCAAGUUGCGCGCGGAAGCAUAGCGAGGAGAGCACACCGAUGCCAAAACGCAAGAAACGCCGCCAAAAUGACAGCUCUCGAGCCAUGCAGCAGGCAUUGGAUCACUACGAAUGCGCUCUCCGGAACUUGGAAGACGCCGACGAACGCGCGGCGCUCGAGGCCCUGGACUUCGCCGAAGUCUUUCUGGAACGAGCGCAAGACGACGACGUGCGGCAGGGGCUCGUCGCGGAGGUCUCGCUCGCGCGGGGCGCCCUGCUCGAGGUCGCCGAUCCGAUGAACGCGCGCCUCGCGUACGACCGGAGCUUUUCCGCGGACGGCAACGCGGCGGCGGCGCUGCGGGCGGCGCGCCUCGCGUGGCGGUGCGGCGACGACGAGGUCGCCUGCGAGGCGUUGCUGGAGCGCGCGCGCGCCGCGGCGGCGGGCGACGAGGAGGCCCGCGGCGACGCGGCGGAGCUGCUGGGCCGGUUCCUCGCGGAGCGCGGGCGGGUCCACGAGGUUCACGAAUUGGCGGAGCUCGGCUACGACCGGACCUUUUCCAGGAAGGCGCUGACGAAUAACUUAAACGCGAGACCCUGCGACGGCGCGCCUGCGCGCCUCUUCGACGACGCCCUGCCGGCAAAGGCCCUGGCGGCGCUCCGGCGCGCCCUGCGGCCGGCGGCGUGCUACUGGCGCGAGACGGACUACGGCUCGCCCGCCGUCGGCUUCUUUAGCUUCACGCAUCGAAUCGACGCGUUGUCAGAUACCGCGCUCGAGGGCGUCCUACAAGGUAUUUGGCACGCCGCCGUCAAAGCCCUGCCGGAGGCGCGGAACGCUACCUACGUCGAAUGGUGGGCGCACACGCGGAGGCGCGGCGACGGCCACGCUCUACACUACGACAGCGUCCCAGGACUUGUAGACGAAGCGCCGCCGCGGCACCCGCUCGCGUCGACCGUCACGUUCCUCGAGGCGUCGGUCGGCGGGCCCACGAUCAUCUUCGACCAGACCGUGGCCAACAAAAGGAGCACGCGGGCCUGGGUGGCGGCGGCGCGGCCGAACCGGCUGCUGGUCUUCGACGGAAGCCUCCUGCACGGCGUCUUGCCCGGAGGGCGCGGGCACGGGCGGCGGACGACCUUCAUGGCGAAUUUCUGGCGGGACGACCCGCGCGCGGGCGACGCCUCUGACAACGAGGCGACGCGGGGCACCAACAUCCUGUUUCCGCCGCCGGACUGCGACUGGCCGGCGGACUUUGGCGAGCGCGUUGGGGACGUGGAGAUUCGUUGCCAAGGUCAGAACGCGCCGGCCGUGGCGCUGGAAGACGUCGUGACGCGUCUAGACGGCGGCGCCGUCGCUCCGGGCGACCUGCUCACGGACGGGACCUUCUUCGAUUGUCUGGAGACAAUCGGCUGCGAGGCGCGGGCCGGCGGCGCGGACGAGGAUGUCGCGGUCGCGCCGGCGCGGCAGGACUACGGGAGGUACGAGAUCCGGACCGACGCCGCGGGCCUGGGCUCUUCCGACGACGACGACGGGGCCGACGAGGACGACGAAAUGCCGACGUACGGCUACGGGUGCAUCGGCUGCCAUCACGCCGCCGACGGGUGCAUCGCCUGCCGCGCCGUCGACGACCGUUGCUUCGGCGAUGACUUCGGCCCCACGGCCGACGUCGACUACGCGGACAGCAGCUCCGAGGACGACUUACCGCCGCCGGCCAAGCGGCUCCGAGGACGGUGGAACCGUUCAAUCUACGAGGCCGCUGAACGGGCUCGCGCUAGGCGCAAGGCCCGCCGACGUAGGAACUAAUGUGUAGCAACAGUGUAAAACAAGCUUAGCGGCC